UUCUCUUUCUCUCCCUCACUUUCAAUGGCACCGCCAGGGAUGUCCUACUCAACUCUCGAAUCAGCUCUGUGCUGUUUUCUCUUAUCUGGUCAGGGCGAACUCGUGCGCUUCACAAUUCAUUUGUAAGAAAACAAAAAUACUGUGUAGACUAAUUGUUGGAAUGUGAGACAGUAGACGUCAAAGUGUUCAAAGUACUAUCGCUUGGAAGUGAACACUAUCCAUAAAACUGGGUCAGCCUGCUAUGACUAUGAUGCAGUAAAGAUGAAGUGAGAGAAUGCUUUUCUCAAGCCAUCCAUUCACCAGGAUUCGCCCAAUCCCCAACAAAAUGUGAUAUUGCUCCAAACAAGCACACGCAGAAGGAAUGUUUCUGAAUAUCUGAGAAGACCUCCAUUGUUGAGGCUAAGAUGUUGAAGACGGAGGCCUCGGCAGAGAGGAAUAACCUGAGGAGUGCUUCCCCGCACCGGAAUGCCUACCGGACCGAGUUCCAGGCUCUAAAGAAGGCCUUUGACCAACCAAAACAGGAUGGAGACCCCAAGCUCAAAGACCCAGAUGCUGUCAGGCAGCCUCGAGGGCGGCAAUAUGGCACCCAUGUCAGUCGUAUCAAGAACAUGUUCAUGCAGAUGGAGACUGAGCAUGCUGGAUCCAACAAGCAAACAGGGGAUGAGACCUCACCACAGAAACUGACCAAGCCGACAAACUUCAUCAACAAGGCAGAUGGGUCGGUUAUCAAUUUCCAGCAUGGCACUGGGGAGCGGACAAAUGGUGGCCAUCAUAAGUCAAAGUUCUCAGAAACAAGGAAACUCUUUGAGCAGAGCUCUAGAGAUGCUUCGCAGUCACCUGUGUACUCUUAUGGCAGAGACAAAAGGGGUUCUCAUGAACAUUUGGAUGACUGGCGGGGGGCACGUUCAAACAGAGGCAGCACAGACUCGUUGGAUAGUCUUUGCUCCAGAACAGAGGCCUCAUCUCCCACUGUGAGUCAGCUUAGUGCUGUGUUCGAAAAUAUAGACCAGCAGGGCUCUGGUGCUUCUUUCAAAAGAGGCUGUGGAGGGGGAAGAGGAUUGUACUCCCCAGAUGGCUUGCACAGACAUGGGGAGGCCAGUGAGGAUGACACCAGUGCUCUACAGUCUCCAUCACGUGGCUUUUACAGGACACGAGUGGGUAGCAAGCACAAUCUGCCAGUUUUCUCUUCCUCAGAAGAUCUUCUCAGUCCUAGUCCUCUGUCAGAGGCCAUGGAUCAGGUGAAAGUAGGUGAGAAGAAGUCUCAGGAGAGUUUGGAGAAACUAAUGGAGACCAAAAGUGAACGUGUGGGUGCAGGAACUACUGAGGUGCUUGAUGGAUCCAGUGAUCUGAAACAAUCCUCUCCUAAAACAGAAAUUAAUUCUGCUGAGGUUGUGGUUAGUUCCUUAACCUUAGUUCAAGUCAAUGACGCUGCAGUUUGUGACAAAACUUCCACAGCCACCAAGGUCUAUGAGGACAUGGACGGUCAUGUGGAAGAGGAGUCUAGCCGGAUUACAGAGGAUCAAAUAGAAGAACCCACUGAGGAAUAUUGUAGCAAUGAGAGAGUUAUUUUCAAUGCAGAUGGGGAUGCAUGCUACCAAGGCUGGGGGGAGAGCUGCACAGACCCAGAGGAUGACCUGUAUGAAGAUGACAUUUCUUAUGACCCAGGAUCAGAGAUCACAGAGAUUCCAGGUCUUCCAGAGGAGGCCAAGGAAGAAAUUCCACAAAAACGGAAAAUUCGAUUCAGCUCUGCACCCAUAAAAGUGUUCAAAACCUACUGCAAUGAAGAUUAUGACCGGAGGAAUGAAGAGGUGGACCCGGUGGCAUCCUCAGCAGAGUAUGAGCUGGAAAAACGGGUGGAGAAGCUUGAACUUCUUCCUGUGGAACUGGAAAAAGAUGAUGAUGGUUUGGGCAUAAGUAUCAUAGGAAUGGGGGUUGGCGCUGACGCAGGCCUGGAGAAGCUGGGCAUCUUUGUCAAGACUGUCAUAGAGGGUGGAGCAGCAGAGAGAGAUGGAAGGAUUAAAGUGAAUGAUCAAAUAGUGGAGGUUGACAGCACCAGUCUGGUGGGCGUGACUCAGAGCUUCGCUGCAUCUGUCCUGAGAAACACGCAAGGAGUUGUGAGGUUUGUGAUUGGCCGAGAGCGCCCGGGACAGCAGAGCGAGGUGGCUCAGCUCAUAAGUCAAACUCUGGAGCAGGAGCGACGUCAGAGAGAGAUGAUGGAGCAACAGUACGCUCAGUACGAUGCUAAUGAUGACGAGACAGGGGAGUAUGCCACGGAUGAGGAAGAGGAGGUGGAGCAAAUGGGAACCGAAAGAGAAGUGGCAAUUGAGGUUUUUGAUUUACCUGAAAAUGAGGACAUCAUCUCGCCAUCUGAACUGGAUGCCACUAAGCUGUAUCAGAAGUUUAGAGAGCUGCAGAUUAAACACACUGUCACUGAAGCUGAGAUCCAGAAACUCAAGAACAAGCUGGCUGCAGUGGAAAAAGAGAAGACACGAUGGGAAAGAGAGAAGACACAGCUAAAGCAAAGCAUCGAGGACAACAACGAGAGGAUGCUAAAGCUAGAAAGCUACUGGAUUGAGGCUCAGACGCUGUGUCAUACAGUAAACGAGCAUCUGAAGGAAGCCCAGAGUCAGUAUCAGGCCCUGGAGAAGAAGUACAACAAAGCUAAGAAGCUCAUUAAGGACUUCCAGCAGAGAGAGAUGGAGUUUGCUCAGAAGGAGGAUGCAGAGAAGAAGAGGCUGGAGGAGGCAGAAAAGUCUCAUUUGGCUGAAAUCCAGAGUCUUCAAUUGAGGAUUGCUACUCUGGAGUCAGAGCUAAUGCAGCUGAUGAAACAAAAUGGCAUCCAGGUAAACAAUAACAACAACAGUGCUGAGAGCAGAGCCCAGAUGACUGAGAGACUGGCAGCCUUACAGUAUCCAAGGAGAAGUGUCUGUGGAGAGGAACUGGGCGAGCUAACAGGAGCCAGUGGAGCACAGAGAUUUUGCAGUCCUAUAGAGAGAGAUGAGAGCCUGGAAGGGAGGGGCUCUGGAGCUCAGUCUUCCAUAGUGGGUGAUGCCACAGAGGCCACACUCAGGCACACACAGCCUCCGCAGGGAUCUGAUAAUGAGGCAGCUGUCAGUCAAGAGGAUAAAUCUGACAAAAAACUUCUAGACUUGGGGUCUUCACUGAGGAAAAGUAAAGGGAAAGAGCAGUAUCUGAAAGGAUCUCCUUAUAAAAGCUCCACAGAGCCGGCAGCAGAGAACAGCCCAGAAAGGCUCAAAAGCAAGGGUCCUGGAGUCAAUGAUGACCUCAGCAUCAGCAGUAUGAGCUCAACAGAUAUCAGUGGUGUCCUGACUGAGGUUAAGAUGUCUGGCCGAUCACACACACUAACACUGUCCUCAGAUGAGAUCCUGGAUGAUGGUCAGCCUCCAAAGCAGUACCAGUGGCAAAACUGCAGUGUGACUGAGUGGACAUGUCAACAGGUUUCAUGCUGGCUCAGGGGACUGAAUCUGGAACAGUAUGUCUCUCUUUUCACUGCCAAGAAUGUGGAUGGAGAGCAGCUAUUGAAGCUGGACAGCACAGCACUCAAGGCUCUGGGCAUGGAGUGCUCUCAGGAUCGGGCUCUGAUUAAGAAAAAGCUGAAAGAUCUGAAGGUGCUGGUGGAUAAAGCUAGCAGAAACAGAGAGAAAAUGGAAAAACAGCGUAUUAAACAACUUGAGCAGGUUCAAAAACAGGUCCGGAAAAACAGCAAGUCGUCUGGACCAGGAGAGGGCGCCACAGAAUGACAGCACAUAACCCUCACUACGGUUUCACCAUGAACAGCAUUAUAUAUAGAUGAAUCGAUUUCAGAAUUUCAUGGGACUCUACAUUCAUUGCAAAAGUGGCGUAUUGCUAUUGAGCUGCCACUGGACGAAUUGAAACCAAAAUGUCCAAAAAUAUGGAUUUUAUUAUUUUAAGUGAAAAACAUACUUUAUUUCAGGUUUUAUUGUUUGUUGCAGAAUGAUCACUGGUGUUUUGUUCCUCUUAUUUUAUGUUUGAUUAAUAUCUAUUUAUAUUGAUCCAGAGCAUAUCAGCUUAUAACUCAUUCACAAACUCUGCGUUACAAGCACCUUUAGAUGUUGAGACAAUGUACAUAUGCAGACAGCGUAAAUAUUAAUAUGCCUAACGUGCCAUUUUUCUAUCAAAACCCAAGAUGUGUGAUUUGUCCAAGAAACGGUGGAAGGUUUUUAAUACAAUGGCUUUGGUAAAGCAUAGGUCAUAGUAAUGUACAGCUGUCAUGGUGACAAUUAAGUGUUAAUUCGUCUCAAAGAUUUUGAGUGCUGCUCAUAAGAACCACUAGAGUCACUGGCAUACUUUACUGUGAAAAGAAAGCCAUUCCAGCUACUGAGAUAUAAUGGACCUCACAAUCCAUGAUCUUUGUGGAUACUGUAUACUGUAAACCUACUGUUUGGAUUCACAUCUCCUUCAAUGACCUGCCAGUAUUCAAGUUAAUGGACAAAGUGUGUUCCAGUGUGUUCUUCUCCAAGUUUGAAACCUCUAACAUUCUUUCUCUGAUAUUUGGAAGACUCAUCAAAGACCUGCACAUAUGUGGAGUCCACUGUUUUAAACUCUGCUCCAAAGAUGUGAUACAAGAACUCUGAAAGAAGAAGAAAAAAAAACUCCUGCUAGAUCCUGCUGCUUUUAUUCCACAGCUACCUGCUUAUAUCCUCCAUUGCCCUUAGGUAGAUUCUCAGUUAGACCCAAGUGCUACCACAUCGGAAUCACACUGAUUUUCUCUAGCAUCCAAAUGUUGUAGAGCAGAUGACAAAUGUGCACUUAAAACGGACCUAUCUAUAUGUUAUUUUACCUGCAGUAUCAUUUUAUUAGGCUUCAAUCCUUUUUUUUUUGUCAGCUAUUUUUCCCACCACAAAGAGAGCACCAUAAAAUGUAAAAAGUUGGUACAUACGUGGGCAGAAUUCUUUUUAUAUAAUGUAAUUUAAUGCAUAGAGUAACCAAUAUCGCCUCUUUUGAUUAAUCCUAGGUUAAAAUUUAUGCAACACAUUUCCAGUACGUAUGCAGUUUAAGUAUACAAAAACACGGUAGCCUACAGAUAUUCCCAUUGCAUCUGUAUUUCAGAUUCAGCUUUGAUGAAUCAUAUACAUUCUUUUCACUGCCCAAAUUUUAACUGUCCACAUUUUUCUCAUGUCUUGUAAACAUAACAGUUCUUCAAUUUGUGAUGACACCAUUCUUGUUUACAUUUACUGAUUAUUUCCAUAGUAACACGAAGGCAGCUUCCUUGGUACUUGGGCACUGUACAGAGGACAUAAGGCAGUGCCUGAUGACCUUGUGGAUUCUUUACAAAGUAUUCAAAUGUGACUAUGUAAGAUUCUAUUAAUUGUUAAUGACUUCUGAAUUAUUUAUCUUUUAUAAUUUUAAAGUCUGUCAUAGUCUAUUUAUUUGUUCCCAAUCUUAGAAAUGUAUAAAUCAGUUAAUCUUAUUUAUUUACAAAGCAAAAAAAAAAAAUUAUUACCAAAAAGCUGUUCUAAACUGUAAUCUAAAUAUUACAAAAGUCCAGUGAUGAUAUUAGGACAUUGUAUGUUUCUUUAUUAACUCACAAUGCUCUUGUGAACAAAUCUUGCAAAGAAAAGCUUGUCUUAACAUUAUGAAAUCAUUUCCAGCCCUUUGCUGUGAAUCAACUAUAAAAAGAAUAACCUGCUUAAGUUCCCAUUCUAACCUGCCCAGCCAUUUACGAUAUACUGACUUUUGUAUGUAAAAGUAAAAGCAAUGGAUUUUAAGCCCGGUGUUUUUAAAUUCCUGUCUCAAUACCGUGAGGAGACAAUAGAUGGUCUGCUGGCUCAGUCUGUUUGAAUGCGUCUGCGUGCAGAGAUAAUCACGUUCGGAUUUGAGUACAGACAUGUGGUUUCUAAUUCAUAGACUUUCUUAUAUUAGCUUUUCUCGGAUUCUCUCCAUUAGGAUUCUUACCUGGCAUUUAUGAAAAUCAUUCACCCUGUUGUUGGUAUGUCAGGAUCAGACAGGGUAUAUAGAGGAAUUGCACGCAAGAAAAGAGCAUUAACCUGUAUAUUUUCUUUUGUCAUCCCCGCAUGAGGGACGUCGAUGUGCCAUACCCAUUCUUCCAAAAACGACUAAAUUCUGUCCUUUAUUUGUGUUCAUGAAAAAUUAAAAGCCUUGUGAAAGUUUGUCAUGUUGGACUGUAAAUACACUUCAAAUUAUAUAAUUGGUCAGAGAAAUACAAUGAAAGAUCAU